CUUCUCAAUUUGAUCUGGAAGACUCUUUUUGGUGAUCAUGAUGAAAUCUAAAGGAUCCCUCCUCAUCCUCAUCGGCUGUCUGCCUUUAGCAGUGUUGUCCUUGACAUGCUACACAUGCAUGUUUCCAGCCAUCUCUCCUCUGGACUGUCUGAAGUUCCCCCAGGAGUGUCCCGUGGGCCAGCGAUGUCUUGCCAGCACAGCUAUAGGAGUUAAAGGGUCAGUGUCCAUUGUCCUGUACGAGCGGAGCUGUGCCCUGCCAUCACAGUGUGACCAGAGCGGAGAGAAACAGGCCGCAGGAAUAAAGUUCAACUACACCAAUGAGUGCUGUGACACGGAUCUCUGCAACACUGCUGCACCCAUCAGCUCCCCCCGCUGGACUGGAGCAGUGCUGCGCCUCUGCGGUCUGGCUCUCCUGCUCCAGCUGGGAUGAGCAGCUCUUGCUCUCAUGCGAGGUGCUACAACACCAUCAGCAAAGGCUGAGGUUCAGAAACACCACCACAUACCAACACCGUCUGUUUAAAACCAAUGCAUCCACUCAAAUUUGACAUGCACAUAAGACUGAAACUGUAAGUCCAUCUACGCACUUUCUUGCAAACGCCUUGCUUGAAGGGAAGUGCCUGCAACCACACACACACACACACACUGAGUCAAGACUCAUGAGAAUGAGUCAUGCAUGCUCAAAAUACUGAAACUCUUCUUCUAAAUAUAAAACCCACACAACUGCUAAAUCUAACAUUUUGCUUAAUUUUUUGCUGUAAAUACUAAUGACAGUAACUUUUUUGUCAUUUGUAGUAAUUCUAGAAACAUUAAUGCAUAUUUUUCAUACGGACAGGCUGUGUUCCAGAGGCUGUAGAGCACAUAACAAUAUUUGAAACUUAUUUUUCAAGUUUUUUUUUCUCUUUGAAUUAAUCUAAUUUAACAAUAUAUAUUAUAUUAAACCUGAUCUAAACAUGAAGGGUCAAGAAAAAAUGUACUCAGCAUUUAUUUAUUUUUUAUUUGAACUUUAUUAUAAACUGUAUUGCUGAAUAACAAUGUUAGAAAUGCAGGAAGAAACUGACUUUGUUGUAACAUCCCUCUAAUCAAUAAAAUCCUAACUAAUCAA